AUGUCAUCCAAUCGUCUGAAAUCCAAUGGAGCAAAACUUAGCUGCUUAAUUAUUGACCAAGGAACUGAAACAAUGCGAAAGUAUCUUGAUUCGAUUCACUCUCCUGCCAACUUACCUGCCGUCUUAAAUGCCAACCGUGCGACACUGAAUAGACUGCAUACAAGACGAGUUAUCAAUCUUGAACAAAUGAACUUGUUAUUUCCCCCACCAGGAAUGCCACCGACAUCGUCCAGUAAUUAUGAUAUCACUUUACUGUUCAUUUUAAUUCGAAAUAUAUGUGGUCUUACCCCACCUAGAUCUACUGGAUCAUGGGAUGCGAAGCCUCCGUCGUCCGACAUUACCCCAGAAGCUAAUCUGACAAGAAUUAAAUAUUACAGAAAUGUACUUUAUGCUCACAAGAAGAGCACUGAAGUAAGUGAUACUAAUUUCAAUAUUUACUGGAGUGAGAUUGAGAAUUCCUUAGUUGGCCUGGGUGCUAAUAUUGGAGAUGUUACAAAGUUGAAGACGAGCCCUUUUAACGAAGAUCUUUACAUAAGCUUACUAAAUGAAUGGUAUGAAAAAGAUCAUAAAAUUGAAGUUCUUGGCACUACAAUUUUGAAGAAAGCCGAAGCAAUUGAAGAAGCUGUAGAAAAUAUUGCAAGUAAUCUAAAUGAAUGUUAUGAAAAAGACAAUAAAAGUGAAGUUCUUGGGCUUAAAACUUUGAAGAAAACCGAAACAAUUGAUGAAAAUGUGAAAACGAAUGCAAGUAAUAUCAAAUCGAUAAAGGCGGCACUGUGGACAGAACUUUUCAUACUUGUACUUUCACUUUUACUUUUACUAGGCCUAUUUUAUUUGGUUCUUUCUAGCCACUUGGGGAUCGAAGAAGUAGACUAUUCUUACCAUCAAAACGUUUCCAAUCCAGGUUUUGUUGGUCGAGAAUGGGUUUUUCGACAAAUGCUAGAUAUAUUAAACACCAGCGACGACGUACGUGGUGUUCAACUUGUAACUGACCUAGGUUGGGGUAAAUCAGCGAUCAUGAAACGUUUGAUUAACUCGUCGUCGUCCAGUGCUGUCAUUCAUGAGAAUAUUAUCGGUUAUCAUUUCUGCAAGUACAAUGAAAAAUCCACACGCGAUGGAGAACGAUUCGUGCGAAAUUUAGUUCAGCUAAUUUCGAAGAAAAUUCGCGAAUUCCGAGAAAUUGUCCAGAAAGACAAGUUUAAGAAGGACGAAUUACAGUUCAAUUGCAAGGAGAACCCAAUCGAAUGUUUUCAAAAGGCAAUAGUGGAGCCUCUUCAAAAGCUAAAUGGCACCGAAAGAAACAACUCGUUUAUUCUUAUUGACGCGUUAGAUGAAUGUUUGGAAAAAGAGGAACGCCAUCACUCAAUAAUUCUGAAUAUUCUAUCAAACAGUGUUCCCGAACUUCCAGAUUGGGUGAAAUUAAUAGUUACCUCCCGAAACCUAGCACUAACUACCAGUGAAAUGUCUAACGUUGGAUUGUCGACCAUAAAAAUAGAUGUAAAAGACCAACGCAACGAACAAGACCUUCGUAAUUAUGCAAAACAAACACUUCAAACCUUUUACACUGAAGUACCAUCGAUGGAGGAAAAACUAUCGCUGAACCACUCCAUUGAUUUGGCUGUGCAGUUUUCCAAAGGUAAUUUUCUAUUUCUUGAAACAAUUAUGAAGCAUUGGCGAAAAUAUCCUGACAAAAUGAACGCACAGACAAUGGCAGACAAUUUAGGAGAUAUUUAUAAAUCUUCUUUCACAAGGCGAUUUAAAGAAGCAGACUUUAUUGAUUUUGAGCCACUUUUGGAGGUACUUCUUGCCGCAAACUCGCCUCCAACGUUAUCCGAGUUAAGCAAAAUUUUAAACUACCACUACAAAAAUCACAAUACCCGCAGAAUUGCUAACAAACUUUCUCAAUAUUUCAAGUCUGGUAUUGACCAAGGACCUCUUGAAUUUCACCAUCAAUCGUUUGCAGAAUGGUUAAUUAACCAAACCAGUAACAGUAAUGUAAUUGUAAUACAAAUAUCGAGAGGCCACCAAUUUAUAGUUGACUAUCUAUUUCAUUUCUACGAAGAAAGACAGGCUAUCCUAACUUAUGAAGAAUUAUCAGACCUAUGUACACAUAUUUUGCAUGGAGACAAGGUGUCGGUAUCGAAUAAAAGAAAGCUUAGUUCUUUGAACGUGUCUAAGGUUAGAGAUUCCUGGAAGAGAUGUAUAUUACAUGAUCUUGCACCAAAAAGAGAUGCCACUGAACUUAUUGCCGUGUUCAUAAAACAGUUUAAUAAUUAUGUUGAUAUUCUGGAUGAUGGAGACUGGACCCCUGGGAUGUAUGCUGUGAAAGCAGGUAACUAUGAAAAUGUAAAGUUAUUCAUCGAUAACGGAGCGAAUGUUAAUCACGCCGUAAAACGCACAUUCUGUUUUUUCUGGGAUUUUAUGGUUCUCCGUAGUUCUCAUGAAACUAAUUCCAGUAUGAGUUUUGUAGCAGCGUAUGGGGGUCAUACAAAAAUCGCGAAGCUUUUGGUUAGAGAAGAUGCCAAAAUAGAUCAAGCGGACGAGUGUGGUUGGAAACCCCUCUACGCUGCAGCUAUAAUGGGCCAUUUUGAAAUAGUUCAACUUUACAUCAACACCAGAGCUCAUGCUGACGCAAUAUCUCUUCAUCACGCCGCUGCAAGAAAUCAAAUAGAGAUUGUACAGUUUCUUCUUAAUACUGGACUACGUGACGAAUGCUUGCCCUGUAAACCAGGAAACACCUCAUGGUGUCGACUAAACCUUAAUCGGUUCCAUCACUGCUUUUGCGAAACUGCCCUUCAUGCAGCCGUAUCUAGAGAUAACCUGGAGAUGGCAAAAUUAAUACUUCAUUAUGGUAUUGCGUCGGUUAACUGUAAGCAUGGUUCGGGCCGAACACCCCUGAUGGAGGCGUUUUUGCGAAAAAAUACUCAAAUGGUUAAGCUUCUUCUAAGCAAAGGGGCAGACAUCGAUGCGGAGUGCGAAAGUUUGACUUCAAACUUGUUUCAUGAUUGUAGUUUCAAAGCAUACGAAGAAAACGAGUGGUUAUACAGUCGAUACUGUAACCAACCUGUUUGCUAUAAUGGAGACGGUGUGAUACAUUUCUCCUUGGCACAUGGAGUUUGGAAAAUGGCAACCCCGUUCACAUCCAAAGGAAAACUUCAUACAACUGAUAAUGCAAGUGCGAUAACGGCCGCAGGCAUCUAUGAUCAAGUCGAUUUUAUUAAUGCCACAUAUGGCAACAGAAUAAACUCUAUUCCCAACAUCGAGAUAAUGUUGCGUUAUGUGGCGGUUUGUCAUUCAGUCGAGACUCUUGAGCAUCUCUUGAACAGUGACAAUUUGAGUAAAUUCACAGCCGUUUAUGAAGAUGGGAAAACCCUGCUUCAUUUUGCCACCUUGGGCUCGUCUAAGCGUAAGACAGAGGUUUUUGUAACGCAAUCGUGUGCGUCUUCUGCGUGCGUUUGUCCAAACAUAAGGCGUGCCAACAUUGUGAAUGAAAAACGUUUAGAAACGGUAAGGCUGCUGCUAAAAGUACUCGUACCAGACAUAAAUAAACAAGAUAAAUAUGGAAGAACUGCUCUACAUUAUGCAACUGUGCACGUCUUGCCAGCACUCGUAGAAUUAUUAGUAAACGCAGGAGCUGAUUGGAGCAUAGAAGAUCAAAGGGGUGACACUGCCUUGGAAUUUGCAUUGCGAGAAAAACCUCUAGAUACUGAAAGUUUUCUUCCGUGUCGGUUGACAAGUGAUCAAGUGUUUCAAGUAUGUCAGAGUACCCAAUUUGAUGAAUUGGCAAAUUAUCUGUUACAGAAUGCAACCAUUAAGAAAUGCGAUAUAAGAUCCAAGAAUUUAUUGGGCCGUUUGCUAUACCACAGACUACCUUUAAGCUUGUACGCACUGUUCAAGUCCGGACUUGAUGUUAACUGUGCACGUGAACAAUUUAAAAGAUACUUAAACGAGACAGUGUCCACUCACUGGAGUAGGCGAUAUGAUGAACUCCUGGAAGUAUUUAAAUUUUUUCAAAUUAAUGUAAAGGUGGCCUGUGACAUCCCUUUCACACAAUCCGAGCUACAUCUUAUGGCGUAUUUAGGAACACCUUCGCUACAAGUUGGGAAUCUUUUCCAACCGUCAGUCAACGGUAUUCCAUUUCCACUUCAAAGAUUCAUUGCAAGUCAUCCCAAAGGUGUUGAAAUUUUAAACGAAUGUUACGACAAGGAAGGGUAUUUGGCAAUCCAUCGAGCAGUGCAGGGUACAAACAUACAUGCAGUCUCCUGGUUCAUAGAAAUUGGUGCUGAUGUUUCUAAGAAAACGAAAUCUGGUUUGACUGCCCUUGUUUUUGCUACAUACAACUACCCAAGUUCUUCAACGUUUUCGCCAAUUGACAAUCACAGAAAAGGCAUUUUCGAUACAUUAUUGGGAAACAUGGAUGAGGAAAAUCAUGCCAGCUUUCAACAUAACACCGAGCUCGUUGGCCUGUCGCCACUUCACAUUGCAGGUAGUCGCGGAAUGGGAAUGUUGGACGCGUUUCGCCGAAAGAUGCAAGCAUUUCCACUAAUUUGUACAAACAGUGACGGGAUUCAGCCUAUCUACUUAGCAUAUCUCUACCAUGCGACAAAUCGCUACAUUUCGUGGGACGACAAACAAGCAUUUCAAGAUCUAGGACUGUUACUGGAAACUGGACCUUCAAAAUUUCCCGAACGCGAGGCAGAAUAUCAUCUGAUUUACAACCAGUUUUACCGUACACCGCAAGAAGACUUGAGAAACAUGCUCAACCACGAAGGUUUAUUUGAAUGUCCAGGUAUAAACGAGUUGCUUCCUCAUAAAACGGUAAUACAGGAAUAUAUAAAGAUAAAAACAUGUGCCACAAGCUGUUGGCGAUCUGCAUUUGAAGUUAGCCGUGAAUUUUCAUCAAAUUUUCCGAAUGUUGACAUUCAAAACAUUUCAAAUACUUUUAGUGAUAAAUUCCUAGACAUUGCACAUCAUAUGGCUGAGUUACGGUUUCACUUGGUGAAAAUGUUUAAUUUCAGUUCAUCUCGUUCCAUUUCGAAUUUUACUUUGGAGAAAGAACUAUGGAGAAAAGUAACGAAGGCGCACUCUUCUGCUCAUAACUGUUUCUGUUUUGAAAUCAUGCAACUACUGCAAGAAAAGUUCACCAGUAAACCAAGGGAGUAUAAAAUAGUUGGUAAAUUUGUUGCUCAAAGAAUGGGUUGGACUGAUACCUCACUGGAUGGUGAUGUUAAGUACCGUUGGCCAUUCAGCUUUUUGCUCAAGAAAGCUUUAAGAACUGACAAGGCGUACAACUACUUAGAAAUUCUAAGCCCUCGUUUUUGAUAUCGUAAGCUCUGUUUUCAAAGACCUUUAGAUAAUAACACUUACUGUAUGCAUAACGAUAGUGCCAUCCAGUCAUAAUCCAGUGAUCACUGGCUGUGAACUGUGAAGCGUUUUUCCCCAUGUUGAUAGUUAUAUCGCAAUAGUCUGUGAAUAGGCAAUUCCAGCUUUUAACUUAUGCGCGCAGGGAGUGAUGGGAAGUAAGGUAUUACGAAAGUCACCGAACUGUGGAAUCGCAUAAAAAAUUCGUAUAUCGACCACUCCCACAAACGUCUACGACCGCGCCUACAUAGUUUUGCAUGUUUACAAUUCUAAUUAUAUAUUUACUAUUAUUAUUAAACUAUUAUUAUUAUUUUGAACAGCCAAUCAGGUUCUUGGUAACAUUACAAUUAAACGUCGAUUGGCUGUUUAAAAUUAGAAUUGUAAACAUGCAAAACUAUGUAGGCGCGGUCGUAGACGUUUGUGGGAGUGGUCGAUAUACGAAUUUUUUAUGCGAUUCCACAGUUCGGUGACUUUCGUAAUAUCAUGUUGCUGAUUAUGCUGAAAAAUUUCAAUAAAAACUGCCGAAUUAUACUUGUAAAUAUUUCAAUAUUUACAAGUAUAAGCUAUCACUCCGUGUUUACACGGGCACUCAAUUUUUAUUUUUUCAGCAUAGUCAGCAACAUGAUACCUCACUUCCCAUCACCCCCUGCACGCAUAAAUUAAAAGCUGGAAUUGCCUAUUACAAUGGUUAAACUAUAUCACGAAAACGCAGAAUUGCAAAUUCUUAUCGAAGUUAUCGUUAAAUAAAAACUUUCAAAUUCUCCACAAAGUCAAAUCAAGGAAUUAAAAACAUAUGCCGCCAUAUUUAUAAAACCAAGACGUUUAUUUCCAUUUAUAUUUAUAUUUAUAUUUGUAUAAAAGCCGGUGUUUAUAAAAAUAUGCAUAUUUCUAUUUUCUACUCAAUGGUUUGAUAUAUCUACUCAAUGGUUUGAUAUAUCUACUCAAUGGUUUGAUAAUCGUUUCAGAAAAGAUAUUUAUCUAGUUUUUACUUUUUAAAGUACAUGUAAAAUCGAAAAAAUACGUGCAAUAUAAUUAUUCUUUCAU